AUGAGUGUCCAAGGUGGAUGCCAUGUAGACAUGUGUCUACUGGGGGCACAACUGGAGCUCAAGGAUACCAAUGGUGCUCAGGAAUCCAGUUUCUAA